AUGGUUGCAAGUUUCUCGGCAGAAAAACAGAAUCUCGCAAUUUUGGAGAUCAUCCUCUUCUCAAUCAUCCAGGUGGUCCAAUUCACCACAAGAUUUGUACAGGAAUGGCGAUUCUGGCACCACAAGAGGAAUCGAAGCAUCGGGCGAUGCUUGUUCUACUCCUGGUUUGGGUUGAUAGGUUUGCUGGCUCAGCUUCGCAUCGCCGGGUCUGCAAUGGUGCUUGUCAAUCCUCAGCCGAACAAGUCUGUAUUGGUCGCUGAAUACGUCCUGCAAAGCAUUGGUCUUUCGCCGCUCUUGUUUGAAUUAAGCUUCGUAUUGCUGCUCAGCGGACAGGCUGGAGAAAUAGGUCCAGGGAAAUCAAAGUACCCCAAGGCUAUUCGUUUCGCACUUCAUUUCUUUCGCUUUCCGGUAUUUAUCAGCUUGGUUGCUGUCAUCGUGGGAAGAUGUAUCGAUAUCCGCGCUUGUGGUAUUGUAGGAUCGGUUGUUCUUGUCAUCACGUUCACCACCUUCUGUGGUUUUAUUGCUAUGCUUGCAGUAAGGUCCCGGGCAUAUCUCACAGUGGCCGGAUACCAAGGGAUGCUGUUGACUUUAGCAGCGCUCCCAUUUCUGGCGAUCAGGAUUGUAUUCUUUUUUCUUGAAGAGUAUGGUCCACCGUGUUUCAAGCAGGUAAUUGGUGACAGCUGUGACGCGGUUGGAAUGAGGCUUCUGAUGGAGAUUAUUGUUAUCAUGCUUCUGUUCACAGCACGCAUGGUGAUUGAACCGGUUCGGGCUAUUGGAGGUGGCUAUGAGAGAGUCCCGUCAGAAUGA